CAAGAUUGUUUUAAAUAAUUUUAUAGCCAAUAGAAAGAUUGGUAAAAGCCAUAAACCGUGAGAUUGAUUUGGUUUGUGGUUCGGCCAUGUUAUGACCCCCCCUCCUCUCUGCUGCUGCCGCGGCUCCACAGAACAACAAUGUCAGACACUGUACAACAGAGCACGAAACCCGAAGGCGGGGAUUCCUCUGCCAGUGACCCCGAAUAUAUUCGAUUGAAAGUAGUCGGUCAGGACAACACAGAAAUUCAUUUUCGUGUAAGAAUGACUACAAAGAUGGAGAAGUUGAAACGAUCAUACAGUGAACGGCAGGGUGUUCCAGUGACUUCUUUGAGAUUCUUAUUUGAUGGUCGAAGAAUUAAUGAUGAUGAAACACCAAAGCAGCUUGAAAUGGAAGAUGAUGAUGUGAUAGAAGUGUACCAGGAACAAACUGGUGGUUGGUAGAUUAACUUGAGAUGAGGGAUCAUCACACUGCCUUGUGUUGAACUGGUCCCCAUCCACUGUAUGUUUAAUAUUUGAGAAACUAGUAGUGGUGGUACUAGAAUGGAGUGGGCUGUCGAGUGUGGACGGAUAUACUUAUUUCUCUCCAUUUAACAUUUUAAUUUCUUUUUUUACUCCCUUUACCUUUCCUGACUUCUUUCUCACCCUUUUUCUCCUCAACUUCUUUUUCAUUUCUCUCUCUUUUUUUUGUAUAUUAUUGUUUUCUUUUUAAUAUCCUUCCCCCCUUUCCCCUAAAAAGAAGAAGAAAAAAAAGAACCUCUCUGCCCACCACUGCUAGUCUGUAAUAUAUUUACUUGUGGCUUGUUCCCUUCUGGGAUUGCAACAUCAAAACAACUGCAGCAACAGACUAUCAACUUCA